AUGCCUCAGAAAAGCCGAGCAUCACUACGGGCGACCCCUCCUGGGGCCAUCACUCUCGCCUGUCCCUUCUACAAAUUCAAUCCAAAGACAUACCAACCCUGUGCCCGCCUCAAGCUAUCGAAAAUCAGCUACGUGAAGCAACAUCUAGUUCGAGCGCACAUAGUCCCCCCACACUGUCCGCGAUGCUUCGAGGUAUUCUCCACGUUGCUAGAGCGCGAUGCACACCUCCGUCGAACAGAAGAAGAGCACUGCGAGGUGAGGCCGGGCACGGUAGAAGGGAUCACAGAGGCGACGAAGGAGAAGCUAUCGCAGCGCUCCGACCAGUCGGUCGACGAAGCAGAGCAGUGGCGCGACAUCUGGAAAAUCAUUUUCGACGAACCGCCUCCGCACUGCCCGUACAUCGACCAGGAUCUCCCGGAAGAAAUAAACCUGUACAACGAUUACUUAUUUAGCGAGGUGCCCAAGCGGGUGUCGUCUUCGACGGAGAGGCGGGAGCUGGUGCAGCGCACGCUGGAGGAGGUUGCGCGCGAGUGGAAGCAUCUCUGGCGACAGGGAAAGGUGUCGGCUAUAUAG